AAAACAGACACAGAAAAAGAAGGGAUUUUGAUUUGCUCUCGUGCGCCUGCGGCGUCGUCCACAACGCCAAUCUGGGCAGCACUCGAUCCUCUACAUAAGCGGCUCCCCUCCACCAUCCCCUUCCUUUCCUCUUCCGCCUCCCUCUCCUGGCCGCCGCCUCUGCCCCCCCUCCCGCUGCCGCGGCGCCGCAGCCAAGCGUCGCCGCCGACGCAUCCGAUUCCUCCCAUCACACGCCUCCCGCCACCUCCGCCGCUCCCGUUCUUGGCCGCCGCCCCCUCGUCAGCAAUCUCGGACAUUCGUUUUCGAGCCGUGAUUCAGUUGGUCAGAUAAAACCCUGGUGUGAUUCCUCUGAAGUUUAGCAUUGUUGCUGCUUUGAGAAGAAAUAACUUUAUCUCUGCAUAGAGCACUGGAAAAUGGAUCGUAGAGAUACUUCAGGGUUUGUCAGCGGUGGUUGCAAAGAUAACUUGUACCGCUAAAUGCCUUAGGUUUUCUAACUUGGUAGUUUCGUUGACCAUUAUUUAACCCGGAAGUGAGGCAAGCUUGGGCACUGAGAACAAUGGACCCCAGGCCCGGGCAGUCAGCAUUUACUAUAAGUUUCUCAAACCCAAAGGCCAUUGUGAGCAAGUUCCCUGUCGUCCCCGUAGCCAGUCAUCCCGCAGACAGUAAUAGUCAACUUGAUGUGCAAGCUCACGGUUAUUUGUACAACCAACCAAGAGGAACCAAGAGAAAGUUCGAUGGCUUGUCGCUUGGUCUGGGCAACUCAUCAAACUCAGAUUCCAGCAAGCAGAGUAUGCGUGCUGGCUGCACCAUAUCUUCUCCUAAGGGCAGUGAUGAAGGUUCUUCUGUUGAUUUGGGCUUAAAUUAUCUUACGCUGGGCAGUGAAGGUACUUCCAGGCUGGAUAAGCAGGCUAGUGAUUUUAAGAGAACUUCGGCGAAGGCUGGGCUGGAUCUUGAGUUAUCUUUGUCUGUUGGACCAUGUCAAUCUGCUAUUACUGGCCAAGACCUAACUUCAGCAACCAAACAGAACAGCACAUUUCUGCAGCCAUACAUUAUGGACCUAGUCCCAAGAGUUGACGAAGGUUCUACUUCUCUUCGUCGACCGUCUGGUGGUCAGUUCCUUAAUUUCCUUAAUAAGACUGUAAGGAUGACUGGGUUUUCUCCAAGGCAAGUUUUAUCAGGCAGCUCUAACCAGAGUCAGGGUCCAGCUUCACUGCCAACAUUGCUCCAACUACAAGAAAGUCCAGCAACCUGUACUUCCGGUUCUGUUAGUCCACAACAUCGCAUCAGCAGCACAAAAGUUUGUUCAUAUCCAGGAUGUAGAAAAGGGGCCAGAGGUUCGUCAGGGCGCUGCAUUGCACAUGGUGGGGGGAGAAGGUGCCGUAGAGAGGGAUGCAACAAAGGCGCCGAGGGCAAGACCAUCUACUGUAAAGCUCAUGGAGGGGGACGGCGCUGCGGGCACCUUGGGUGCACCAAGAGCGCUGAAGGCCGUACUGAUUACUGCAUAGGCCAUGGCGGUGGUCGGCGUUGUAUCCAUGACGGCUGCAGAAGAGCAGCAAGAGGGAAAUCUGGCCGCUGCAUCAAACAUGGUGGUGGGAAAAGGUGUCAACAGGAGAACUGCACAAAGAGCGCGGAAGGGCGUUCAGGCUUAUGCAUUGCCCAUGGAGGCGGACCUCGCUGUCAGCAUGCUGGUUGCACGAAGGGCGCCCAGGGAAGUACUGAUUUCUGCAAAUCGCAUGGUGGUGGCAGAAGGUGCACGCACCCUGACUGUACAAAGGGUGCUGAGGGAAGCACGCCAUUCUGCAAAGGGCAUGGAGGAGGCAAACGUUGUUCGGCUCAAGGCUGCACAAAAUGUGUGCACGGAGGUACACAGUUCUGCGUUGCGCAUGGAGGUGGCAAGAGGUGUGUGGUGGAAGGAUGCACCAAGAGCGCUCGAGGUCGUACCGAUCGCUGCGUUGGUCAUGGUGGGGGCAAGAGGUGCAUAACUGCUGGGUGUGAUAAGAGCGCACAGGGAAGCACCGACUUCUGCAAGGCACACGGCGGGGGCAAACGCUGCACGUGGGGCCACCCAGGGUCCGACCUUGGAGCUGGCGGCCCACCCUGUGACCGCCUUGCAAGAGGCAAGAAAGGCAUGUGCGUCCAUCACAACCCGCUCCUGGACGAUGACCGUAUCCACGGUGGUCGAACGCUGGCCGCUUUCAGCAUUACAAGCAGCGCUGCUUCCCUUGAUCGUCGGAGCCACCCUGCAACCUCGGAAACCAGCAGGCGCAGCAUCUCCAUGCUUCCAGUGGAGGCUCCUGGCCGUGCGCCUCUUCCCGAGGGCCGGGUGCACGGCGGCAACAUCGUGUCAAUGUUUGCUGAUGGUCUGAGCUUCGGGGAGGACUCCAGCAACAACGCUGAGGCCAGUACCUCGGCGCCUCGCAGCUCCAAACCUGCCAAGGAAUUCAGCGCCUCUGGUCGCAGCAGCUGGCUCUAGCGCCCAAGGCUUUCCUCCUGCCCGACCUCCGUUUCGACGCGGUUCGUUUCGUCUGGCAAGUAUCUCCUGCUCCUGUCCUAUGCUGUGAAGAAGGCUGCGGUAUGAUUGUGUGAAGUCUUUGUUGUCUUACUUAUGGAUUUGUAUGUAUUAACUACCCCUCUGUAAGAUAGAUAUAAAUAAAAGGGGUUGGGUGUCGAAGUGUUAAGUAAUUUUAGGUCUUGUGUUGAAGGUGUGUUCAUAGUACAGUGGUCUACAGUCAUGCAUGAAGAAUUAGCCCUAUGUGAGGUUCCUCCCAUCAGUGGUCUACAGUUAUACAACAUUUGGGUGUAGUAAAUAUUGAUGUUGCUGCUGUUGUAUACAAACAUAUAUUGUGCGUGCUUGUGUGUGUGUGUUUGUGUGUCUGAAGUUCGUUCUGUCCAUCUGAAUAAUAAGAAAGUUAUGGUUGUGAUGGUUGUUGUAUCUCU